AAGUGGGAACGUGGGCUUUCCCUGGUCUGGGGAGAGUGGGUGCUUUCAUUUUGCCGCUCCUUGGAUGUGGGGGUGGGGGAGGAAGCUAAAAGUAAUUUAUACAGGCCAAUAUUUGUGUUUCAGGUCCUGCAACCCUCUGAGGGCUUUGUCUGGAGCCGUGUCCAGCAGAAUUCCUUUCUCCUCACAGCCAUGUUAACAACAGGAUGAAGCUGGAGGCAGUUGUGGAACAGCUGCAGAAGCAGCAGCAGCAGCAGGUGGCUCCUCUGCAGAUGGAGUCCAGAGAGAGGCCCCAGCGGCAGAUGAGAGAGACCCAGCUGCAGUUUCCCCAACAGAUGACAGUCCAGCAAGCUGCCCUUGCUGCCACAUCUGGCAAGGUUUCAGGUGGGCCAAUCCUCGGACCUUCAGCUAGAGUCCCCCCUGUGCUGGGGGCUUCCCGGACAUUUGAUCAGAGUGCUCUGAACUCCGAGGAAGAGGAGGAGGAAGAGGAGGAGGAGGAAGAAGAAGAAGGUGAGGAAGAUUCAGAAGAUGGUGAUCUCGAGGGCAACCCUCCCAGAACUGGCCAGGAUGCAUGUUCAGCUCUGAAAUACUUUCAUGCUUCCAAAGUUGUUUCUCACAACCAAAGAGUGACUCCUUCCGCUAAACCUCUCCCAGUUCUGGGGAUCCAGCGGAGUCAGCAGGGAAAGGAGGAGCUGGGGAAAGACGCCACCAACUUGCUCUAUUCUGGGUCCUCCUCUGGGAGGCCAACGUGGAGGUUGGAUGAGCAGCUCAAGCAGAAUGGGACCCUAACUUGGAGUGAAGAAGCUGACAGUAGCAGGGGAAGAGAGGUAUCCCGAGACUUCGCCAAGCUGUAUGAAUUGGAUAGUGACCCUGAACGGAAGAAAUUCCUGGAUGACCUCUUCAUUUUUAUGCAGAAGAGGGGGACACCCAUCAAUCGCAUCCCAAUCAUGGCCAAGCAGAUCCUUGACCUCUAUAUGCUCUACAAGCUGGUGACAGAGAAAGGAGGGUUGGUGGAGAUCAUCAACAAGAAGAUCUGGAGGGAGAUCACCAAAGGCCUUAACCUCCCCACCUCCAUCACCAGUGCAGCAUUCACACUUCGCACCCAGUAUAUGAAGUACCUCUAUGCCUAUGAAUGUGAGAAGAAGUCCUUAAGCUCGCCUGCUGAGCUGCAGGCCGCCAUCGACGGCAACAGGCGGGAAGGCCGACGGCCCAGUUACAGCUCCUCCUUAUUCAGCUUCUCCCCCGCUGCCCCGGGGCCGCCUUCGCUCCUGUGUCCUCCCAAGAUCCGCUUCCCCCUCGUUAGCCUCGCCCCCAGCAGCACGACUAGCAACCCACACCUGUCUUCAGCAGGCGCUCUCAGGAAAGGUGAUGGCCUGCCUCUGACCACCUCCGCGCCAAAUCGCCUCGCCAUGCCCGUGAGCCUGGCCAGCCAGCAGGCCACCGUGGCCGUGGCAGCCGCCGCCAGGACAGCCACCUUGGAACAACUGAGGGAGCGCCUGGAGUCCGGGGAGCCGGCAGAGAAGGCGGCGCGGAUGACGGAGGACGAGCAGCGCUUCGUGCAGCAGGCCCUCCAGAGGAACCUGCUCAGCAUGGCCCGGCAGCUGCCCAUGAAGAUUAAGAUCAACGGCCGAGAAGAUAAGUCAGAUCCAGCAGCGGCUGCGGCAGCUUUGAAUUGGACCCCUUCUGGCUUUGGAAGCAUCAACAUGUCAGUGGAAAUCAACGGCACAAUAUAUGCUGGCGUCCUCUUUGCCCAAAAGCCCGUCGUCCACCUCAUUGCCGGAUCCAACACCCAGAGCGCCGGCGGGGGAAGCAGCAGUUCGCCCAGCCCCACGUCCUCCAGAGGCACCCCCAGCGUUGAGCCCUCCACCAGCUGGUCUCUCUGAGGACAGAGAAGGGCCCAGAGGCAGGCUCGCUCUCCGGCCUGGAGCGGCUCCUCUGCGCCCGGGAGAAGCCGCCCCUGUUGCCCUGCAACGGGCCAGCGGCAGAGAGCCGCCAUCUCUGUGCCGGCGAGUUUCCCAUCAGGAUGGACCUCGCUGGCUUUUUAGCCUUUUUUCAGGUCUUGCUGUGUCCUCAGUGAAGAAAGGGGUGGGGGGGAGG